AUGCCUGUCUCAGUCGACGAUCCCUUCCUCCUCGCGAGUUUUUCCUCCACCACUCACCAACACCAGCAACGCCAGGCGGUCUGCUGCACACCCGAGGAAACACGGUCUGAGCCGACGCAGGAGCAGGAGGAUGCUGCCAGCCUUCUCGUUGUAGCUAUCCAGGGUGAGGGCGUUCAGCUCUUCAACACCGCGGAUCAAAAAUGCAUCCUCUCCUACUCAACACCACCAGGAUAUUCGUUUACAGGGCCAGCCCAAAUCCUGCGCAAAUCUGCCCAUCUUCGCCAUAUCUAUGCAGUCAUUGCCAAAGGAACAGAUGUCCCUGUAAAAGAAGAGGGGAAGGUCAUUUGGAUGUGGAAGGACGAGUCAUCCUCGCCCUCAGUCACCAGUGUGGCUGAUGCAGACAAUGCCAUGCAGGAGGAUUCUAUCAAGUCGUCUAGUGCCCGUAAAACUGUGCAUAAGUUCGACCAUAAGAUUCACCAGCUAUUCGUCUCGACAUUGCUCCCCAACCAUGUGCUGUUGACCAACUCAGACGGCAGUAUUUCGCUUGUUACGGAGGAUUUAAAGAGGGUUGUUAGCACUACAGAGUUGCUGACUGCUCCUGCGACAAAAUCUUCAAAGAAAGAAAGGAAGGACGUUGCUCAGAAUCAAACAGGCACCACGAUCUGGGCAACCACAUACAACACAACGGGGUCAUGGAUCCCUUCAAGCGCUCUUGCUCGCAAUAUCCUUGUCAUCAUGACAAUUGUGAAAUCGAGCGAGGAAAAGGUUGUUGCAACUCUCUCAUAUGUCAACGAAGAGCAGCGCGGAUUCUCAACAUUCGGUCAGGUCGAAAUCAGUGCUGCCGCAGGCUCAUCCGGAUUCUCUUUUGACGUUAAGACUGGACAGCUUUCUUUCCUGACUGCUUCUGGUCAGCUCAAGAUUUACGACUUUGAAGUGAGCCAAAGAGAUCACAUCGUUAGUGCUUCAGAGAUUCUGACACUGCCUCUCCCAGGAUACGCUGUUCCAGCGCUUGCCUCGACAAGGGCCGUUAAGAAGGGCGGCAAAGCAACCCCAGCGAUCGACACCAAAGCUCAACAUGUCGACACCCUCGCUCUCGGAGACAAUUACCUAGCUAUUGCUGGAAUCCAUCAGAACGAUGGCAAAGAAGAGCAGACGUUGACUAUCUGGGACACUAGAUACGGCACCCUCCAGGCAAAGCACGUCGUUCCUGGGCCCUACAGCGCCGGAAGCACAACCUGUCAACUCGCUCUUCUACCCGAAUCUGUUCUCACUAUGACCAUUUCUACACUCCACAACACCACCAUCAAGUCUGACAUCUUCCUCUGCCCCUUCUAUGCCGAACCAAUGUCGCUCCUGGGUGCUAUGGGCAAGAUGAAAGAUACUGCUCCGUUCCUUGGACAAAAAGGAUCCAUUCUCGCUCAGGACGCAUACACCUCAACCACGACUGCUUUGCUUACCCCUUUAAAUAUUAAUGGAAUCGCAAAGGCCAAGGAUAUCAUUGUCAACGGCGCUGAUCUGGAGAGCACAUUGGCAGCAGGCCAGGCUACAGAGAAGGAGGCUCUGGAAUCUUUGAGCUCUGAGUCCAGAACAGCAUCUGCGCACGAGUUCGAGGCCGUCUUCUUUAAGCACGUGAAGCGUCAGACCACCGAGGCUGUGAAAGAUCUGAUGGAACGGUUUGGUGUUGAUGCGGAUGAGGCCAAGGCUGCUGUUGUCGCCGCUGAUGAGAAGAGAGUCGCCAUCUCGAGGCAAACCCAAUUGAACAAGACAGGGAACACUCAGGACAUGGAGGUUGAUACUGAGCCAGUGGUCAAAGCUGCCUCAUCGGUGAUGGAUAAAGAGAAGUCGAAGAGCAAGAAGAACAAGCAAAAGAAGAAAAAGACCGACAAGGUCGACAAGGCCGACAAGAAGGCUGCAAAGAAAACAAAGGCGGACGAUAAAGCCAAGGAUGCCAAGGAUGUCCUUGACGGUUCUUCAUCAGAGUCUUCGUCGGAUGAGGAUGAGGAUGAGGUUGAGGAGAACGAGGUAGUUGUUUUGAGCUCGGAUGAUGAGCACAAGGACAAUGGAGGCGAGGGCGAGGAUGAAGAUGAGCAGGAUUACGAGGUGACGGAAGAGCAGGAACGUAUCCGCAACGAGGCCUAUUUGAAUGCGCUGGACGAAUGGCGCAAGACCGAGGCAGAGGCGAUUAAGAAGUACAAGACGCAGCGCCGUCUUUUGCGCGCAGGACGGAAGCAGACGCCUCUCCCAGAACUCUCACAUCAUUUCCUCACAACAGUCAUCGGGCGGUGUUUUGCUCACCAGUCGAACGGUCAGCCCGAUAUGAGUUUCUGGCCUGCCAAGGUAAUCGAGUACCUACUUGAGAAUCAGCUUGUUGGCAACUCAAAUCCCGGUUCAGGCCAGGCUGGUAUUGCUCUGGAGCUUAUGGAGCGUGAGCAAUGGCCACUUCUCGAAUUGGCGGUCAAGAAACUGUACGAUAUCCCUGAGAUGGACAUGAUUGUCAUGUUGAAGCAAGUUAUUGGACUCAACAAGAACAGGGCAGGGACCACAGCAUCAACAGCGCCAUCAACAACGACAGUAGCGGGAGCAGGAUCCUCAGGAUCGCCAUCGCCAUCAGCACCAGACACUCCACACUUCUUGAACUUGAUCAUGGCGGCACCUAGGAACGACAUAUUUAUGCAGCAGGCUCUCAAGCGGCUGACUACAGAUGAUCUGUCGGUCGUUCUUGAAAUUUUGAAGGGUUGGAUGGAUAUUUGGGGUGAGCGCGGCGGUAUUGGACACCAGAACCAGCAACCAGAUAGGAAGCAGCUCCCUGGAGGUCUUCCUGGCUACGGUUUGCUGGUUGAUUUCACAACACUGAUCAUGGAUGUUCAUUUCCCAUCACUGAUCCUGUCGCCACAACUGCACCCAGUACUGAAAGCGAUCCAGUUGCUGAUCCAGCGUGAGACCGAGAUUUCGAACUAUCUGGAGCAAGCGCUGCGUGGGCCCUUGGGAUUGUUUGACCGCAAGCACAAGGAGAUGGUGCGUCGCAAGAAGAUGGCGACUGUUGCUGGAUUCUCUGCUUUUGGAAACCAGGGCGCCGUCAGUGGGACAGGUGGAGCUACUGCAGAUAAGAGGAGGAGACGCAAGUGGGAGGGCGGCGAGGGAAUCCCCGACUAUGGUGUUGAGAUUAUUCACCUGUAA